GUCUUGUGCAGAGAGCCCUCUUCUUCAGUCUUUCAUUUCACAACGAGACAUACUCUUCCUUUAUCUCUAUCUAUAAAUACCUUCUCUCUCUUGUCUCUGUACCUUCUCUUCCCCUAUCUCUCUCAUCCAUUACUCUCUCUUUCUCUCUCUAUCUCUGUUUUGUCAUUCUGCUGUGAGUACAAAUAGCUAUAACGUCUGUACUGGUGAUACUGGUGGGAGAAACGUGAACAAGCAGAGAGAGAGAGAGAGAGACAGAGGGAGUUUCAAAAAGAUUUUUCAUUUUUAUGUUUUUCAAAAAAAUUAAUAUAAAGGAAGAAAGAUAGAGGGGAAGAGGCAGUGAGAGUAGUGAGGGAGUUCUUGUUUUUCUUCGGGUAUCUCUCUUUUUUUUUCUCUCUCUGGAUAUAACACAAACACACAAUGUCGGCUUACAAAGAUGAAGAUCCUCGAAUCCAUGGCAUCAAAACUAAGAUUCGUGUCGUCCCAAAUUUCCCUAAACCUGGUAUUAUGUUUCAAGACAUAACAACUUUACUACUUGACCCAAAGGCCUUUAAGGACACAAUCGAUUUAUUUGUUGAGAGAUACAAAGGCAAAAACAUAUCUGUGGUUGCAGGAAUAGAAGCUCGGGGUUUCAUUUUUGGUCCCCCCAUUGCAUUGGCAAUUGGAGCAAAGUUUGUUCCACUGAGGAAACCAAGGAAGUUGCCUGGUGAUGUCAUCUUUGAAGAAUAUACUUUGGAAUAUGGAAGGGAUCGGCUUGAGAUGCAUGUUGGAGCGGUUAAACCUGGUGAACAUGCUUUGGUAGUUGAUGAUCUAAUUGCCACCGGUGGCACACUGCGUGCUGCAAUGAAUUUAUUGGAACGCGUCGGAGCUGAAGUUGUGGAGUGUGCAUGUGUUAUUGAGUUACCAGAUUUACAGGGUCGAGAGAGAUUGCAUGGGAAACCACUGUAUGUGCUGGUGGAAUCUCACUAAACUCUCCUCAAGAGUAUUAGCUAAACCAAAACAAAAAAACCUUCACCUGUAAUGCUGCAGAGCAUAACGAAAAUGUACAUUCAGAGGCAACAUUAUUGGCUGCUGCUGCUACUACUCUUCUGGGAUCUAUCUGAUUGUAUUCGCCAUCCAGCUUGCCGAGUUCUUAUUUGACGAUUACUGAAUUUCCAUUUAUUUGAAAGAAAGAAAAAAAAAUUAAAAAAACAAGUGUUGUUGGUGUCAUGACGAUUUGGUCAUCUAGAAGCAUGCUGUGCAAAAUCAUGGGAAAGGGGGUUUGAUUUUGUGGACUUUUUUUUUCCUCUUCAAAAGAAUUUAUUCAAGACAUUGAAUCUGAUGAUGGUGCAGCAUUUAUCCUGAGUGCCUUUUUAAUUUUUCUA